UGACGCUCGUUUACUUUUAAUUAAUAUUAUAAGUGUUUUGCGUACUCCCACACUCUGCAUACAGCUCAUACUGGGUGUCUCGUUCAUCACAAAAAUGAAUUAAGUAAAUACGGUUUAAAUUCAACUGAAACGUCUGAAUUUAGAGGUAACAGCAACCUUGCUAGCUGACAGUGCCGUGCAGUGACAAUGAACAUGGCUGCUGUGUUGCUGAAAGUACAAACCAACCAGGGUCUGAGAACGCUUCCACAGAAACUAGUAUGGACCAAAGGACCUGUUCGGUUCGCCUCAGUUGGGAGGAUAGAGAAAGUCCUCAUUGCCAACAGAGGUGAAAUAGCUUGUCGAGUAAUGCGGACAGCACGGAAGAUGGGAGUACGCUCUGUGGCUGUGUAUAGCGAUGCUGACAGACAUUCUAUGCAUGUGGCUAUGGCAGAUGAAGCCUAUCACAUUGGACCAGCACCAUCUCAACAGAGCUACUUAUGCAUGGAGAAAGUUCUGGAAGUUGCCAAGAGGUCCUCUGCUCAGGCUGUCCAUCCUGGAUACGGUUUCCUCUCAGAGAACACAGAGUUUGCUGAGCUGUGUAAACAGGAAGGAAUCAUAUUUAUUGGUCCUCCAUCAUCAGCUAUCAGAGAUAUGGGAAUCAAAAGCACGUCCAAACACAUCAUGUCAGCUGCUGGCGUUCCCAUCAUCGAGGGUUACCAUGGAGAGGACCAAUCCGAUGACAAACUUAAAGCUGAAGCAGCAAGGAUAGGCUACCCAGUGAUGAUUAAGGCUGUCCGUGGUGGAGGUGGAAAAGGAAUGCGUAUUGCACGUUCGGAGGCAGAAUUUCAUGAACAGCUUGAAUCCGCCCGAAGAGAGGCCCGGAAGUCCUUCAAUGACGACGUCAUGUUGGUAGAGAAAUUUGUGGACAACCCCAGGCAUGUGGAGGUGCAAGUGUUUGGAGACCAGCAUGGCAACGCUGUUUACUUGUUUGAAAGGGACUGCAGUGUGCAGAGGAGACACCAAAAGAUCAUUGAAGAAGCCCCAGGGCCUGGCAUCAGCGCUGAAGUGAGGCGUAAACUGGGGGAGGCGGCAGUGAGAGCGGCGAAAGCAGUGAACUAUGUGGGGGCAGGCACUGUGGAGUUUAUCAUGGAUGCCCAACAGAACUUUUACUUUAUGGAGAUGAACACGCGUCUGCAGGUGGAGCACCCGGUGUCUGAGAUGAUCACAGGGACAGACCUGGUGGAGUGGCAGCUGAGGGUGGCGGCUGGAGAGGAACUACCCCUGUCUCAGGAGGAGAUUGCCCUGCACGGCCACUCUUUCGAGGCCAGAAUUUACGCCGAAGACCCCAAUAAUGACUUCCUCCCCGGGGCAGGCCCCCUCCUGCACCUGUCUACCCCACAGGGAGAUGAGUGCACACGCAUUGAAACCGGCGUCAGGGAAGGAGAUGAGGUGUCUGUGCAUUACGACCCUAUGAUUGCUAAGCUUGUGGUGUGGGGGGAGGACCGCUCUGCUGCGCUGAAGAAGCUGAGAUACUGUCUGAGACAAUACAAUAUCGUAGGACUCAACACCAACAUAGACUUCCUCUUGAGUCUGUCUGGACACCCAGAGUUUGAAGCAGGGAACGUUCACACCAGCUUCAUCCCACAGCACUACAAAGAGCUCUUCCCCACGCCACAGGCUCCCUCCAGUGCGGUGGUGUGUCAGGCCGCCCUGGGCCUGCUGCUGCAGGAGAGAACACACACACAGGAGUUCAGAGCCCAGUCUGAAGACGUGUACUCUCCUUUCGCCUCCAGUAACGGGAGACGGCUGAAUGUGCUGUACUGCAGAAACAUGGCGCUAAAGUUGGGGGAAAACAAGGUGGAGGUAGCAGUCACAUACAAUCAUGAUGGAAGCUACAGUAUGCAGAUUGGAGGAGAGGUAUUUCACGUUUCUGGGCAGCUGGAGGAAGAGGGCGGAGCCUCUUACCUGCGGUGCUCUGUGAAUGGAGUACUGUCCCGCCCCAAACUGGUCAUCGUUGAUAACACAGUACAUCUCUUUUCUAUGGAGGGCAGUUCCCAGGUUGAUGUUCCUGUGCCUAAAUUCCUGGCUGGCAUUAGUGCCUCUGCUACACAAGGUGGUGCUGUUGCACCUAUGACUGGCACCAUUGAGAAGGUGCUGGUGAAGGCAGGAGACAGAGUCCAAAAAGGAGACCCCUUAAUGGUCAUGAUUGCCAUGAAAAUGGAGCACACCAUUCGCGCCCCUAAAGCCGGAGUCAUUAAGAAAGUGUUCUUCAAAGAGGGCUCUCAGGCCAACAGGCACGCGGCCCUGGUGGAGCUGCAGGAUGAAGAGGAGGCCAGUGCAGAAUAGAGAUCAGAGAAGACAGUUUUGAAACUGUGGAACUCUGAGGCGGCAGUCACCGAUAAUGGCUGUAGUUACUGGUUUUGUUUUUUUGUUUUUUCCCUUUGAUAUCCCUGGCACUACACUUCGGUUUGGAGCACACUGUACAGUCGUCUGUGAGAUUCCAAGCACUUGCCUUCCUGUUGUGCCGUCACGGCUUGUAAAAUGUCUCCCCUAAUACGAUGUUUCUUUUAUAAUACCAGCUGUCCUGUUGACCUAAAACGAUUUACAACCCUCGUUAAAACCACUUUUAGAGUUGUGCUCUUGAUAAUUUCCAGUAUUUUUUUUUUUUGUGUGUGUGUGUGUGUGUAAGCUAGCGUUUCAUCUAAAAACCUCUCUUUAAAAGGUUCCGUUAUGGUGUCUUCCGUUUGUUUUUCUGUCUUCUCUCCUUCCCUCAGUUCCAGUACUGUGUCACUAUUUUUUCUUUGUGGAAGAAAUAGAUGGAUUUGACUUGAGUCUAAUAACAGUCGUCCCUGUGUGAAAUCCAUGACUAACUUUCAUGACUAGACUCCUGAAAGGUGGCUCUCUGACUCGCUCCUUUUCUCCCUGACUGGAAUAUUACUGUGUGGGUCAGAUACAGUGCCUGUCCAGUCAAGUGAAUUUGACACAUUUUCCAUGCCCCCCCAGUCAUUUACUCUGUUUUAGCAUUUAAAAAUAUUCAAGACAAUAGUGUGAUCCAAUUAAGAAAAUGAAUUAUGUAGAGUGGGUCUAGGACACUGGUGUUCUUUUGUAGCAUAGGUUUUUGCUUUUGUGUUAUGUUAAUGCAAGAGUGAUCGGAUUGAGACAAAUCAAGUGUAAAAACACACAAUGCACACACUCCUGAUGUGCACUGAUUGUGUUGAGUAAAGGUGCCUUUCUUUUGAUGAAUACUGUAAUAGAAGAAAUGAGCAGCUUUUUCAUUCAACCAAGUAAGUUCAUGUGUUGCCAUGAUCAUUAAACUACUUUUUCUAUGCAGACCUGA